AUGUCGACGCAAGACUCGAGUGACGAUGCAUGUGGUCGGAGUGAGUCUGUAUUGACCGAGAAACCGACCGUUGAGCAUGAUGUAUCCGAACCUGCUGCCGCAGAUUCUGUCAAUAUUCCAGCUUCGCCAACAUCCACGAACCCGCUACCAACCACAUCGGACCGCGUCAGAUCUCUAACGAAUGACAUCCUGCACUUCAUCGGCAACGCAAGUAACGAGACUCUUGGAGCUUGUGCUGUGGGCUUAGCAGCCUCGACAUAUCUCGUGCUCGGAAGGCUCGGCCUUGUGCUUAUCGGAACAUUUGGAGGGAUCAUACUUGGCUCAACCUGGAACCACGACACGAUCGCUGAAGGCAAAGAUGCGACUAAAUCUGGGCAACGAAAGAGGGAGCUCGGUAUAGAGGUUGCAAAGAGAGCGUUGGACUUGAGGAGUCAGGAUCGACAGGGUGAAGAGCGUACACCUCAGGAGAAGAUUGAGGCAUCUACAAGUCAGGAGAUACUGGACUUCUCUCAAUACCCUUCACAGACCGCCGCUGCUCUGACAUCCUUCUCCGAUGCUGUUGUUCAGGACUAUGUCAAGUAUUGGUAUUCUCCGAUCCUACCCACCGAUCGUUCGUUCCCUACCGACUGUCAGCAGAUCCUGAUUGCCUUCAUAAACUCGUUUUCGAACCAUGUCUCCCGAAAGAGAGCUGCCGAUCCUUUUCUCGACUUCAUUGCAAAUUCCACUUCUGUAAUAAUUGUCUUCCUACAAGAAUUAGCCCUCGCGUUGAAAGCUUCACAAAGAGCAGAAGCCGAAGAGGCUCUAACAACAUAUCUGCAAUUUCAGCCCGAUAGUAAUUUAGCGAACGUGUUGAACAAGGAACAGCAAAAACGAAAGCUGCACAUAGUAGCAGAUGACAUUCUACAGAAUUUCUUGGACUCCAAAACGUACAAUUGUCUUCCGGCUAGGACUUUUCUCAGUGAAAUCCUAGCCGGGCUGAUCCUGGAUGGUACUCUAAUCUCCUGCUCCAGACCCGAAUGGAUCAACGAGUGGAUCGUCUAUCUGCUUGAAGACAAUGAACCGGCACUGCUUGACGCUAUUGAUGCUGGUGUCACUGAACUCGAACGAAAUGCUAAAGUGGCCGAUGCUCCAGUCGAGGACGUUGCUCAGAAAGCUCAGCAUAAGAGACGUGUUAGUAGAGCGGAACAAGCUAUGCAGGAUGCUAUGAUGGAAGCACAGCGGAUAAAUGAAAUGAUUGCGCAGGACGAAGCUAGAAAGAGGCAGGCGUUUCCUACCAUGGACAGUGAAGAUGCUCUUUCAACCACAACUACUACCGAUACGGGUGUCGCUACUCCCAUCUCGUCCGAUGAAGAGCCUCAAUCUCGACCUACUCGCGCCGUCAGUAAUCCUAUGGUUUUCGACAAUGAGGGCAAUGCCAUUCCUUCUGUUGCUCCGAGUCCUGCUAAACCAGUACGACUACAAUCUACCUUCACUGACUUCGAUCAGCUUGAACAGCUGCAAUCACCUAUACCAGUUCAGCCUACCUCACAGGCACCCUCCAGAACAGAGAGUAUGAUUGCUAUUCCACUUACCCUUCACAACGCAUCCAUCAAUAUCAUAGAGCUAGGUAUGGACAACCCCCAAGUCGUCAUGAGACAAAGACCCGAUGGCGAUAUGAUGGUGCAGAUAGAGCCGGCUUCAUCCAGGUUUCCAGGAUGGAUUGUGACUCGCCAAUUCGCGACCUUCGAGCCUUUGCACGAGACCUUGCGUCGCAUUGCCAAUAUCUCAGGCGCUUCAGAAUUCAAUAUCGAGUAUCCAGAAUUACCGUCGUGGCGAGGUCAGAAAAGAGAGCUCUUGAUCCACGAAUUAGAACGCUACUUGCGAACAGCCUUGAAAUUUGAAAGACUUGCAGAAAGCGAAGCCAUGAAACGCUUCCUUGAGAAGGAGACUGGUCUUGACAAGAUUCCAUCUUCGCAAAAGAACGUCUUCAUUCAAGCUGGCAAUGGACUUGAGAACGUUGGUAAAGGAUUUGUAAAUGUUCUUGGUCAAGGUGGAAAGGGCCUUCAAGCUGGGGGCAAAGUCUUCCAGACAGGUGGUAAAGCAGUACUAGGUGGUGUCACAGGCGUGUUCGGAACCGUCGCAAGCGGGCUGGCAGGCCCAAAAAGACCUGGUCUGUCGACAAACAAUUCGUCCUCGUCGGUCACAAGGUCGCAGCAACCACUUGCCAUGUCUGCACGUCAAAGUCAUGACUCGAGCCGUCAAAGUACCGACCACACCAGCGCACGUAGACAGUCACCACAACUAUCAAUGAGCGUGAGGAGCUCCUUGGAGCAAUCUCGUGCAUCACAGGAUCUGGCAACGAGCACGUCUCCACAACCAGACAUGGAAACGAUGAAUCUUCCACCACCUCCCGACAUGAUGACUGACGAGUAUGAAGCCGCUUCUAUCUCGUCUCCGACCAGGCAAGGGCUCAACAGGCAGAUAGCGCCACAACCAUCCCCUUCAUCUUCUACAAUGAGAGCGAGCACAAGCGAAACACAAAUUGCACCGAAAACACCAUCCAUGCCCACAGAUACAGGAUCUGUACCACCUCGAACUAAACAGCGAACUCAAGAUGUACCCAUCUCAGACGAAGAAACUCGCAUGACUGUGGAACUUAUGUUCGCACUGAUCACGGAACUUCUCUCCUUGUCUUCAGCAUGGACCUUCCGCCUGUCCUUGCUCACAGCUGCGAAAUCUUAUCUCCUCCGCCCUAACAACCCACAGUUAAAAUCUAUUCGGGCUCUCCUUCAGGAAAGUCUUAUCGACGCCAAUACUUCCGAUGCCGGUAUAGCAGCUCAUAUUCGGAAAUUACGUGAAAACGCAUUACCUACAGAGGAAGAGCUGAAGGAGUGGCCAAAAGAGCCAAGUGAGGAGGAGAAGGAGAAGUUAAGAGUCAAGGCAAGGAAGCUACUGGUCGAGAGAGCAUCGAGUCCGCUAGUCAAUGUCAUGAAGCUCACUAACGCCGCCGUACCAGUCUAUACAGUCGCAGGCUCAUCCGCAGCUGGCAACAUUCCAGAAUGGGUCAAGAACAAAAAGCGCAAGAAAGGCCACGACUAUGCGAACCAUAUCGAACUCCUGCAAGACUUUGAGUUCGAAGAAGCUUCCCAAUGUAUACGAAUUAGUGAAGAUGGCGAAUGGGCAAUGAGUACAGGAACAUACAAGCCUCAGAUACAUACACAUUAUCUGCCGAACCUAGCACUCUCGUUUGCGCGACAUACCGAUACAAUUAACAAGACGUUCUUGCUCUUGAGCAGCGAUUACUCGAAAAGUGUACAUUUGCAGGAGGACCGGAGUAUUGAGUUUCACACGCCCGGUGGAUGUCACUAUAAGUUGAGGAUACCACGAUAUGGAAGAGAUUUAAUAUACGACCGGAGUUCAACUGAGUUGUAUGUGCCGGCUGUGGGUGUGAAUGCGAAUGGUAUGGGCGAAGUGUUCAGGAUCAACCUCGAACUGGGAAGGUUCAUGAACGAAUUCGAGAUCGAUGUGGGUGGCGAUGAUAUGACUUCUGCAGGAGGUGGAGCAUUACAAGGUGGUAUUGGAGUUGGAGGUGUCAAUACUGGAGCUGUUGCUGAGGCGUCACAUGGUCUGCUUGCGUUUGGCACAACUUUGGGAACAGUCGAGUAUUGGGAUCCUCGAGUUAGGACACGGGUGGCAAGCGUGACACUGCCGAUAGAAUUUGGUACGAGGCCAGAAGUGACGGCGAUCGACUUUCAUAGGUCAGGCAUAAGAAAUGCUGUGGGCACAUCUAGUGGUCUAAUCUACUUGUACGACCUGCGCUCACCUGUACCGACACUUAAGAAAGAUCAAGGCUACGACUAUCCAAUACAACACGUUCAGUUCCUCACAUCCAAUUCCUCCACACGAUCCACACAUUCCGAGCCCAAAGUCCUAUCCGGCGACAAGCGCAUCUUGAAGAUCUGGGAAGAAAGAGAUGGCACACCGUGGACAAGCGUUGAGCCAGAGGUAGAUAUCAACUGCGUGGCCUGGUGUCCUGAUUCUGGCAUGAUUCUUACUGCAAACGAAGGUAAACAGCAGCAUGCGUUCCUGAUACCCCAGCUUGGUCCUGCGCCCAAGUGGUGUGCGUUCUUAGACAACGUGGUGGAAGAGAUGGCAGAUGACCCCAACGAUCCGAAUGCCUACUCCGCUGGAUCGAGGCGAACAGGUGAGGUGUACGACAAUUUCAAAUUCCUCACCACGGCGCAGCUACGCACGCUCAAUCUCGAUCAUCUGGUCGGGAAGACGAAUCUGCUCAGACCAUAUAUGCAUGGCUUCUUCGUGGCACAGAAGUUGUAUGAGGAGGCACGACUGAUAGCCAACCCUACAACCUACGAGGAGGAGAGAUCGAAGAGAGUGCAAGAGAAGAUUGAGAAAGAGAGAGAAAGCAGGAUUCGUGGACAGAAGAAAGUCACUGCGAAGGUUAACAGGAAGUUGGCUGAACGUAUCCUGGAGCGCGAGGCUGCUAAUGAGCGCAAACGAGCACAGAAAGUACUUGCGCAAGGUGGUGAUGAGAAGGCUGUGGUACCCGAGACAGUGGUCAGCGACGAAAAGGGCUUGCUUGCAGAUUCUCGUUUCGCGCAGAUGUUUGAGCAGGAUGAGUUCAUGGUUGAUGAGGCGUCGCGGGAGUUCCAAGCUAUCAACCCUAGCACCAAAGUCGCACCACGUUCGAAUCUCGACCACGAAAGAGGGUUGACAGCUGUGGAAGAAGACAUGAUCGAUGAAGUACCUGGCUCCGACGAAGACUCUGACGCCGAAGAUUUCUCCUUCCGCAAGCAAAAUGGAAGAGCAGAGCGUGUAUCGACGGCAGAUUACAAACGCAGACCGGAAAAGAAGAAGUCGAAGCAGAAAGGAGGUGGUCUAUCGAUGCAAGUAUCAUCGUCGAAAGCUGGGCCGAGAGCUGCAGGACGACAACAACAAGAUCGAUCUUUCGGAGACAGGGCUGCAAACUUCAGACCCGACACUAGGGAGAAGAGAUCGGGAGGGGUGGGCGUGGUUGGAGAGAAGACGAUUUCGUUCGCGCCUGCGUCGAAGAAGAAGGCAAAACCCGAUUUCGACUCUGGUCGAUCUGUACAGCGAGGCGAUAGGAGGAGUGCUUCGAAGAAUCAGUUCAGGGGGAUGUAA